AUGCGCAAGACAGCCAUGGAGACCAUGCUGAUCAUGGAAGCCACGCAGACCCCGCAGACCAUGGAGAUCAUGGCCAUGAUGAGCAGCACCAUGAGCAUGAGGAUCAUGAAGAACAUGAACAUGAUGAUCAUGAACAUGAAGAGCAUGAACAUGAGCAUGAAGAGGAGGGAGAUGAGAUGGAGGAAACGGUUGAGGCAGCCGAAUUUGCGCAUGAAAAUGGAGCUGCAAGUGGGGCUCCUUUCUGGCGCAGUUUCCAGAAGAGGUCGCAGUCACAUGCAAAACCGACUCCAGAUUCAGCUAGCGCCACCAAUGCAGAGGCAGUCCUGA